AUGGAACUUCUCCUGGCCAUUGUUCUCACUGUUUUGACUGCUAUUGUGGCAAUUUCUUUCUAUUAUGAACACCCCAAAGCAGAAAUUCCUCAUGGAAUCAGUGAGCGCCAAAAGCUUUAUCUUCUUCAUUACAUCAUGAACUUUGGGCUUGGUCUGGCAAAAUUUUUGGACAAAGUAGGUAUAAUCUCAGAGGUCCGUCUCCUCAGAGUUAUAAUGGAGACAAUACCACCAUUAAAGGAUACACGCCUUCUUAUCAAGGACUUAAGGUUUGAAAGGGUUGAAGUGAGAAUUUACCAGCCAAAAACAUCAAACAAUAACCUAAGGAGGGGAAUUCUAUAUUUUCAUGGAGGAGUUGGCCAGCUUGGAAGUAUCCGGGCCUACGAAAGAAUGUGCCGCUAUUUCUGCAGGAAAACCAACUCAGUGGUGGUGUGUGUUGGGUAUCGUUUAGCUCCUGAGCACCCCUUUCCAGCCCAGUUUGAGGACUGUCUCACUGCUGCCAUCCACUUUCUGAGGACUGCACAAGACCAUGGAGUUGACCCUUGUCGCGUUGUCAUCUGUGGAGACAGCAGUGGAGGGACACUCACUGCUGCUGUUGCCCAAGCACUGAUGAACAGAAGAGACCUUCCAAAGCUGAGAGCACAAAUCCUAAUAUAUCCUUUUCUGCAGUGUGUGGACUUCAAUUUGCCUUCUUAUCAGCAGAAUGAGAGAGUCCCCAUUUUGCUAAAGGAACGAACCCUUGUUCUUGGCUUGAAGUAUGUUAAUGUGGACUUGGGCCUCAUCGAAGAAUUUUUUAAAGGUUGCCAUGUUUCAGAAGAUCGGAGACUGAAAUAUCAGAAGUGGGUGAGUCCUGACUACAUCCCUCAUGAGUUUAAAACAAGAGGUUACAAACCAAGUCCAACAUAUCUACCCUCAAAAGAAAUCUGUGAAAUGGCUGAGUACGUGUUUGACCCUGUUUUUUCACCACUGUUGGCUGAAGACAGUGUUAUUGCUCAGCUUCCUGAGACUUUCAUUUUAACCUGUGAAUUUGAUGUGCUUAGAGAUGAUGGACUGCUGUACAAGAAACGACUGGAGGACCAUGGUAUAAAAGUGACCUGGUGCCACCUGCAAGAGGGGUUCCAUGGAACAGUGUUCUUAGCAGUUUUUGGUAGGGUGGUAGGAUUCCGGUCUGGAACUAAAGGCCUGGAAAAGAUAGUCAAUUUUCUAAGACUGACGUAA